AAAAUUGGAAUAUUAACUAAUUAAAAACGCAUUGAGACCAGCGAGAAGCGGAAAAAUGCGCGACGCCGACAACGAAAAUAGCACAGCCGCCUCCGCCUCUGCCUCCGCCGCAGCAGCCGACGGCCAGACGGACAGGGAACUGAGACGAGCCUCUGCCGCCCAGCGCCAAACACUGCGCCGCCUGCUCAUCGAGCUGUUCGUCAUCGUGGUGCUGACGAUACCCAUCUGCAUCUACGAGUUCGCCGUGGAGCCGGAGCGGCGCGGCUUCUUCUGCGACGACGAGAGCAUACGGUACCCCUUCCGGGAUAACACCGUGACGCCCCUGCUGCUGGGUCUGCUGACUGGCGCCCUGCCGUUCCUCGUCUUUGCGGUAGUCGAGUACGUGGACUCGAUGCGCGCCGGCGAGCUGUCAUCGACAGUGGAGCUGCUCGGCUGGCAGCUGUCCGCCUGGUGCGUGGAGCUAGGCCGGCAGCUGACCUACUUCAUGUUCGGCAUGCUGCUGACCUUCGACGCCACCGAGGUGGGCAAGUACACGAUUGGGCGCCUGCGACCGCAUUUCAUGGCUGUGUGCCAGCCGCAGCUGAGCGACGGCAGCCUCUGCAGCGAUCCGAUCAAUCUGCAUCGCUACGUGGAGAACUACGAGUGCGCCGCAGAGGGCUUCACCGUAGCGGACGUCCGGCAGGCGCGCCUCAGCUUUCCCAGCGGCCACUCCAGCAUAGCCUUCUACGCGCUCCUCUACACGGCCCUCUAUCUGCAGCGCAAGCUGAGCUGGCGCAGCUCCAAGCUCGUGCGCCACUUCCUGCAGUUCCUGCUCGUCAUGUUGGCGUGGUACACUGCGCUCAGCCGCGUCAUGGACAGCUGGCAUCAUUGGUCCGAUGUGCUGACCGGCUCGCUGCUGGGCGUGGCAGGAGCCCUGAUCACCGCCCGCUACAUAGCCAAGCUGUUCCAGUCGCCCUUCCACGCCGUCAGCCUGGGCGUCGGCCUGAGACGGGAGGACACCUCGGCCACGCUGCAGGAGGUCUGCCCCAGCACCCCGCCUCCCUACUGUGUCAACAGCAGCUACAGCGAUGACCAGUAUUGUACCAAAGUAUAGCCGGAUCGCCCUUCGGAGAGAUUCGCCAAAGUGCAAAUUUGUAAUGAAACAUUCCAAAUCAAAUAAAAUACAGCCUGAACGAAGAA